AAUGUAAAUACAGCUUGAGAAUUGGACGCUGCCAGUAUUUAUGUAAUCUCUCUGGAAUCCUGGAGCUCAAAGUUAGAAGUUGUACAGACCCCGUCUGGAAAGUCCUACCCUCUGCAUUGCAGAAGGCCUCUCUCUGUUGCUUUUCCCCCAGUAUCCUAGGGGAAUGUGCACCACGCUGUCUGUCGCUGUCACCUCUGCAAGAGGCCAGAGCUUGGAGAUGAAAGGGUUGAAGGUUUGCCACAGGGCAGGCUCCAGGGCAAAUGGGUGGAGCCUCAAAGGCUCGAGUCUAAAAUCCCCACCUGGCUUGAUUCAGAGAGAGAUCCAUUUGAAAAAUCCCUAAGGAUCAAAGGCAUUAUGAAAAACCUACGUUUCAGAGUCAUUACCAUGGUUAUAGGUCUUUAUUUUACUGGCACAAUGACAAACCCAUCAAGAAAAAGCAGUAUUUUAUUCAAUUCCGAGUGCCAAUGGAACGGAUAUCUUCUGACAAAUUGUACUGUUGCUGGAAAGCAUGAAAUACCUGUGGACAUACCACAGAUAGCAGCCACAGUGGAUGUAAGUUCCAGUUUCUUUAGGGUUCUCUUACAAACUCACAUGAAAAAAGAAGAAUGGAAUAUAAAACACCUGGACCUCAGUAACAAUCUCAUAUCGAAAAUAACCUUAAGCUCUCUUGCACAUUUUCAUGCUUUGGAAAUAUUAAACCUCAGCAACAACGCCAUUCACUCCGUGUCAUUGGAUCUACUCAGUUUUAAGUCCUUGUGGGUGAAACGCCACAGAGGCAGCUUGAGAAAUGGGCUUCCAUUUCUAAAGUUGCUCAUUCUUCAAAGAAAUAAACUCAGUGACAUUCCCAAGGGGCUAUGGAAACUGAAGUCAUUACAGAGUUUGGAUCUGUCAUUCAAUGGGAUAACGCAAAUUGGUUUGUCUGAUUUUCAUAACUGCCUGCAACUAGAAAACCUCCAUUUAAAGAGUAACAAGAUAUUCAGAAUUCAUCCAGAAGCCUUCAAGGACCUAAAAAAAUUACAGGUUGUAGACCUCAGCAACAAUGCCCUGACCGCCAUCCUGCCGAUGAUGAUGGUGGCUCUAGAACUUCCCCACCUGGAGGCUGACUUGGCUGGUAACCAGUGGCAGUGUGACUAUGGCGUGGCAGUCUUCCAAAAUGUUAUUUCUGAAUCCUGGAGAAGAAAGUGGAAUGCAAUUUGCAACAAGUCUAUUGGGAAGGAGGAGGCAUACUGGUGGACGCCCACAAGGCGAGCGUCCAGAGAGACCCACCUUCCUCGCACUAAUCUGAAUCGUACGAAAAGCCUCACGGCGACGAGCAAAGCUGAGAGGCCCUGGGAAGUGCGCUUUUCCACUCUGCGCAAGAAGGACCCUGCGGGCUCUGAUACCAGUGAGGGGCAGAGACGGCUGCCAAGAAGGGUUAGGAGCGCCGGGGAUGUGCAAGCUGCCGGCAGAAGGGAGGACGCUUCCCAGGACCUGGCCCUGGCCGUCUGCCUGUCAGUGUUCAUCACGUUCUUCGUGGCUUUCUGCCUGGGGGCUUUGGCGAGGCCUUAUGUGGACAGACUGUGGCAACAGAGAUGCCGGAAAAAAAGUCCAGGUUCAGGGAACGUGUAUUCAAACGAGGGCUUCUACGAUGAAAUCGUAGCUGUAGGGAACACGCAGCAGCCAAGGAUGGCUCUGCGCCAAACUUUCCACGGUCCAAACCUCUGUGAGAACCAAGCGCCACACGCGGCUGUCACUCCUGCGAGGACGCUGGCACCCAGUAGCAAGGAGGCUGGCCGCCGGCAGGGCGGAGAACGAUGCGGGGACCACACUGGGGCAGGAAGCGGGAAGGAUAACGCGCUCCCAAAUCACGCUGCAGCCCGGCCCGUUCUCCGCGGACGGCCGAAUGCUGAUGACACCCAACUAAUGCCGGCGGGACAGGACUGCAUCUACAGGUAUGAUAUUCCUGGAGAAGUAAAUUAUGACACCGUGGCCGGGGAAGAUUCCCUCGGUGAGCGUUCAGUGGGCAUCCCUGCCGUGGCUGCCAGAUUACAGACAAGCCCUGGCUCGAUCCGUAAGGAUUCCAACGAAUUAGGCCCACCCCUCCCCAGGGAAAUGGCCACGCCUGUCUCCCAAAUGGUGGCGCGCGCAAAAGCGCUGAGGACGGGAGAGAAGGAGGGGAGAGGGGGCACUCCACACUGCCCUUCGGAGUUUUCUAAGGAGAAUGUGCUGAGCGCACAGCAGCAAAGGCUCGAGGGCGCCGGUGACGAGGAGGAGCCCCUCGCCCACUGCGGAGCGGCCACGCUCAGUGACCCAGGAGCCACGGACCCGUCCCCACCCGUCUUCGCUCCGGGCUGUGGUCAUGACCUGCAUGUGACUCCUGCUAACAAGGAGCUAGCACAAAAGGACACUCCUGACGCUCAGUACGAGUUGGACACCGAUUCUGACGAAGGGUCUUUAUUUACUCUAAGUUCAACAAGUUCAGAAGACUGGAGAAAUGUGGCUGAAGCAGAGGCACGUGGCGAGGAGAGCUGCAGAGCCAACGAGCCCCGGGGGGACGAGGACUCAGGGGAGAGGAGGGACAAUGUCGUGUCAUUAGAGAGUCUUGAGGACAGCAUCACCUUCCAGAAGAUUCUGGGGAAAUGUGAGAAUCAGGAAGAUCGUUCUGGAAAAACUCUCAUUUCUGAUCCAGACUACGGUUUGUACGAGGCUCAUCCAGAAAGUCGCUCUAACACCAAUAAGUUUGAGGAUCCCCUGACCUUGCCCAGGUCACUGGGCAACAGUCCUUGCAGUGAUGAGAUCCCGGGCAUGUCCAUUGAUGACUGUGUCACAGCUCUUCAAUCCAAGGCAGCAGAGUGGCAAUGCUCACUUAGAGACUUGGAGUUUUCAGUUGUGGAUGUUUUACCACAAACGCCAACACGUUCUGCUGAAGUUCCCUCGGAUCCUGAUGAGAGUGCCUGUGGUGAAGGAGAUGCAGACAUUUGUAAAUACGAACCUUACAUUCAGGGAGUAGACACAGCUCAAAGCAACAUUCCUUCCAAGAUCGCUGUGGGGAAAAACUUAAGACCCUCACGACAAGAUUCUGAAGAGGACAACAUGAAUGGACACUGAUGAGGGGUUUGUAUGUCCUCUUGAGGACAGUGAUUCCAGAAAGGUUAUAAGCCGAACACAAUUGUUACACUCCUGUGGUGAUGAACCAGAUCUUCAGUGUGAGAGGGGUUGGGGUGGUGGGAGGGGUAUUUUGAAGAUGGUGUCAAGAGCCAGGUACCACUAUUACAGAUGCUUCCAAAUGAAACCAGUUCACUAAGAACACGGGAGCACUUCAGUGACAGAGACUGGGGUCAACAUCCAGAGCCGAAUCAAUGAAUUUGAUUCUCUAAAUUCUCCCCUGUGUUUAGUUAAUUCUAAUAUAAAACUACCAUUCACAAGACAUAGAUCAUUUAGGUAGGAAAGCACUGAGAUAUUUGAACAUCAAAGGUUCCAAUUAAUAAAUUUUACAUUAAAACUGAACACGGAUGAUGUUGCAGUUAGGAAAAGAUGAUUCUAAUUUUUAUACUCAAAUGCAGACUCAGAUAAACCUGAUAGUUGUUGGCUGUCUAUGUGAGGACCAGAUCUACUAUGACAAAGACAAGGACGUUCACCUUGAAAAUCAAAGGGAAUUCAAGUAACAUUUUUAGUGCAUAUUGAAACAUUUACAUGGAACUGCUGAAGAGAUUUUAACAAGUUCUGCACAAAGACCAGCACAGCCUUUUGGAGUUUGAUGAGGAAACUAAAAAAUUGGAGGGAUUCAGAGUAAUUCUAAGUAUUUGUUAAAAGCAAUGUUAAAGGAGGGACCAUUUUGUAGGACACAGUGUAAAUUAAAAAUCAAUUUUCAAGAAGAGAA